AUUGGUGCGCCCCAGUAUGUUCCCAGAGUUUGCGCGCCCCAUUCCCCAAGCCGCUCUGGGACCUCGGUGCAGGCUAAGGCUUGAAUAUUCUGAGUUUUCGGCCCCACUUUCCGGGUACAGGUGGGUCUUGCCCCCUUUUCCCUGGAAGGUCCUGGAUGACGGAGAGGGGCCGUGCCUCGGAACUUCUCUCGGCAACCAGAGGACUGCUUUACACGGAGCAGGCACCCAGUAUUGGUAUCCGUGGCAGUAACAGAGCCUACGGCUUUUAUUUAUUGAAGUCUUUAGCUUCUUCUACCUUCUGCCUCUUCCACCUCCUUCCACGAAAUGGUGUACUCUCCCUUUAAGACUAAAAUGGUGGCUGGCUAUGAUCGGGACUCCACUUCCGGUGGGGAGGGGGGCGGGACCCCAGCCCGCUCACGCCGGAAGUGGUUUGCGUUUUCAAGAUGGCGACUCCCUAUGUAACUGACGAGACCGGCGGCAAAUACAUCGCUUCAACACAACGACCUGACGGGACCUGGCGCAAGCAACGGAGGGUGAAAGAAGGCUAUGUGCCCCAGGAGGAGGUCCCAGUGUAUGAGAACAAGUAUGUGAAGUUUUUCAAGAGUAAACCAGAACUGCCUCCAGGUCUGAGCCCCGAGGCCACUGCUCCUGUCACCCCAUCCAGGCCUGAAGGAGGGGAACCAGGCCUCUCCAAGACAGCCAAACGCAACCUGAAGCGGAAGGAGAAGCGGCGGCAGCAGCAGGAGAAGGGGGAGGCAGAGGCCUUGAGCCGGACUCUCGAUAAGGUGUCUUUGGGAGAGACUGCCCAAGUCCCCACUGCUCCCCAGGGCUCCCGGGCAGCCCCUACAGCUGCCUCUGACCAGCCUGACUCAGCUGUCACCACUGAGAAGGCCAAGAAGAUAAAGAACCUAAAGAAGAAGCUUCGGCAGGUGGAAGAGCUGCAGCAGCGGAUCCAGGCUGGGGAGAUCAGCCAGCCCAGCAAAGAGCAGCUGGAGAAGCUAGCGAGGAGGAGGGCGCUAGAGGAGGAGCUCGAGGACUUGGAGCUGGGCCUGUGAGGCCUUUGGGGAGUAGGGAAUGGACUGCAGAACAAACCAUGGGGCUCUCUGGGGUCCUGAGGAAUGUGGGCAGCAGCAGUCAGGAGGGGGACCCCCCAUACUGACUCAGUUCCACCUCUCAUGGUCCAACUCCGUCCUCCAGAGCCUAGCCUCGCCGUCAUUCCUUCCCUCUUCUUCCCAACUCCUAUUUUUUGGACUUUUCUCCCUCCCAUUCCCAGUGUUGAAAAUCUCAGUGACUACCCCAGGUACCUUUGCUGCUGAUUUGGGUGUCUUGUUGAAAAGAGAAUUGGGUGGGUGGGACUCUUGGAGAACUGAGGUCGAGGGUAGGGGGAGUACACCCAAGUCUUGGAGUCUUGGUUCCUGUUCACAGUGUUUAUGGGUUAUUUCUCCCUCCAUUCCUCACCUCCGUUUUUUUUUUUUUUUUUUUUUUUUUUUUUAA